UUGGGCUCCACCCUGGUGGCAUUCAGCGCCGGUGUUCUGUGGGCCAAUGCCUUGUUGCUGCUUCGAAGUUCCCGAAGGUCCCGAAGUUCCGAACCCGAUGCCGGUGCCGUUGCAGCUGUGCUGGGAGCAUGUGGAGCAGCGCGACGUUGGGAGCAGUGCCUGGAGCUAUUGGAAGAGAUGUGCGAUCGAAGAGUCGAAAUGAAUCUCGCCUGCUACACAGAGGUGCUGGGAUGGACAGUUCAACUGGCACUGCUAGUGCAGGUUGCGAGUAUCAAGGUGUCCAUUCAACUUCCAGCCAGAGAAAAGAAGUGCUUUGGUGAGCAGGCAGCCAAAUUGGAACUUUUAGUAGUCGAGCUUAGUGCCUCUGAGGGUAGCAAGGUGGGCGUUACGGUUCUUAGUCCUCACGCGACCAUCUUCUCUGAGCACGACCGGCAGCAAGUGAAGACAGCUUUCACUACGCAAGAUGCUGGGCCACAUUGGAUCUGCAUACAGAACGACGAGGCGACAGAUGCGGAAGUUCUGUUAACAGUUUUGCUGGGUCCAGAAGCCAAAGACUAUUCGCAGAUUGCAAAGAAGGAGCAUUUGGAAGAGUCACGGGUAAUCCUGCGGAGAGUCGCAGACAGACUGGGACAUUAUCAUAGCAACCUGCUCUACAUCCGCGCGAGGGAGGAGAGGAUGAGGCGGACGAAUGACUCCACAGCUACCAGAGUUUCUUGGCUCUCGUUUCGCUCCACUGAGAACUGUGCUUCUGCGAAACACGUGAUUCUAGGCAUUUUGACAAAUACUAGGAUAGUACAAAUACACAUAUGA